GUUUUACUAACUGCCAAAAAUUGGCAGAAAAAGAAAAUUCUGAUGGAAUAUUCAUACUUCAGGAUCCGAUUUUUGUUGAUUUUUGGCGCCAUCGUGACAACAACAGAGAAAUCCAGGUGCUGAUAGAGCUAUCAGUAAGCUAUCAGACACAUGUCAGUUCUGAUAGCUUACUGAUAGCUCUAUCAGCACCUGAUAUUUCUCU